AGAAAUCUCCCGCCCCAUCCGCUGUGUUCUUUUUAAACUAAGGCGGGACACAUCGCUUCAUUCAUUUACGUGUAGUGGGUCUUGAAACAUUUAACUUUACAGCUCGCUAUCAGUAUGGUGAGGACUAAAGCCGACAGUGUUCCCGGGUCGUACAGAAAAGCUGUUGCAGCUUCUGCACCCCGGAAGUCUCUGGGCUCCAGUUCGGCCAAUUCCUCCUCGUCCAGCAGUCAGUCCUCCACACCUGCAAAGAACAAAUAUGCUGGCGGUAACCCAGUGUGUCCACGUCCCACGCCGACCUGGCAGAAGGGCAUCGGAGACUUCUUCGGCGGCCCCCCGAGGAAGCCAGAGAAGGAGAACCAGAGGCCCCAGGUGGUGGAGGAUGAUGAAGAGGCCGGAGGCAGCGGGAUGUCAAAGGCCAGCAGGAAGUCCAGACCGCUGCCUGCUGAGGACGAGGAGGACGAUGACUGAAGACACUGAAUGAAUCUUUGACUGUUCUUUUUGGUGCUUGGUGGCAUUUUAAUGUACAUCUGUAUAUAAUUUCUCUUGGAUUCAAUUUGUAUAGUUCAUUAAACGUUUUUAUGUUUUAA